AGCAGCGGGUUGGGUAGUCACAACCCCAAGUGCUUCGCCUACCAAUACCUAUAUCGUCCUUUCGUAGCACAAGGAUCGCGAUUUCGGUAAAAGCAGAGGCACACAGCCGACGGUUGUGGCCAGUAGAUUUGUGGCUUACACGAUAUCGGUGUUUAAAUCAGCCGGGCACGGCCCUGCCAUCUCUCACUGGACUACCUCUAACCUAUCAUAUUUCAACGAAUUGAUCAGAGGAGGAGCUCGGCCACCCAUUGGCGGCCUCACCCAACGUUCUGUCUUGCUAUCCAUGUUUGCUAAGGUUUCCAUACAUCUGUUACUCUCCCUUGAUCCUCCACUUAAUAUAUCUGGCUUCAUGUCCUGAACAUCUACCCAUCGUGAAACUAUACGCAAUCGCAACGCUUGGGACAAGCCUGCUCCCGCUCCUGUUCGCACAAUGGAAAGCAACCAACUCGUUGAAGAAGUCGUACACGAUAUUUCCGAAAUGGACAUUACUACGACCAGCUCGUCGGCUUUGUCACCGGAACACAUCAACAGUGUCCCCGAAACGAGGAAAAUCUUCUCCCGCUAUCAAUCGCCUGAUCUUUCAUCGAUCAUCUCGCUCCGCUCCCAGACCGAGUCAUUGAUAGAAUCAGUGGAUUGGGAGGCCCUAAGAGAAUAUGCAGCCGCGAAACGAAGGGGGAUCGACUGCUCUCUCUUUCCGAACAUCGGGUAUGUCUACGGCCACAAGGCCAGAAUUAUCGAGUUUACGGAUGGAGUUCAAUGGCUUGCACAACUACGCCUGCCCAGUCUCUACGGACGCUACUCCUCUGGAGAUAGUAUCAAGACAAAUAUGGAAUGUGAAUUUCACACAGUUUCCCUUCUACGACAGCGAACAAGCCUGCCUAUUCCUGAAAUACACGCCUACGAUACUCGAAGUGACUGCUGCGUCAAGGCCCCAUUCAUCUUGAUGGAUUGGGUGGAGGGCAGUGACAGCAACGAGAUAUCAGAGGAGGAUAUUCCAUAUCGGUAUAAGCAAACCUUGUUGAGCGGCCUCGCUAAGAUCCAUGUCCAGCUGUCUAAGGUCCUACUACCCCAGAUUGGCACGAUAGUAUCCUUGAACGCUGAUGGCACGUGCCAGCAAGGUCCAAUCCCCGGGCUGGGUGGUCCAUUCAACACAGCAACCGAGUUCUUCCGAGCGUGGGCGGCGAAAGUCAAAGCUGGAUUGCCGGAGGAUAGGCGAGAGAUAGCAGAAGGUCGAAACGCGGCUGAGAUAAUCUCCUCGGUCUUAUCGUUUCCCGAAUCAAUCAGCCGACUUGCUGAUCGGCUCUCUGUUCUCGACUCCGGUCCAUUUCCUCUCUGUCACGGCAGCUUUAGCCACCACAACCUCAUUAUCGAUGACGCCUGGCAAAUUCUUGGCGUAAUUGGCUGGGAUACUGCAUUUGCAGGACCGUGGGAGAUCUUUGGGGAUUUUCCCUUGAGUUUCUCACCAAUGCCGCGUGCCAUGGACUUCCCCCACAACUAUACAGAGGACGGCGUUCACAAGAACCGUUACAUCACCCAGCGGCUUAUGGAUCAGGAGAAUUACGUAGUAGCAGUAGAACGGGAGGAGAAUCAAAAUGGAGGAACACCCCACCGUCUAGCAGACACUUUGAGAGACUCGAAAAGACAACAGUUAGCAACUGCAAUGAGAUUGUAUGAGAAAGGAACACGCGGAUUUUAUGAAAACUUGAUUCACGAGUUUGAAUUAUCCGAGGAGUCUCAAACACACAAUCUUGUUCCAACGCAGCUGGCUUAACGGACAAAUGGCAUGGCGAGAGUGGUCAGGUGGCUGGACUGAAUGCCGGUGAUGCUUGGAAAAGAGCGAAUCGUGGAUAAGACGGGGUAGGAUAUAGGAGGAGAUAGAGUUAUAAUGACAUGUUCACAGGUUCGGAUGUGGUUGUAUGGGGGGGUUCGUGUGAUGCACGGUCUAUCUGCAGCGGGCAUGCCUUGCCCUAAUUAGGGGUGACCACCCCUCAAUGGGUCAUCAACACAUCACAGCAUCCUCUAGAUUUCACC